CGCGCGUCGAGUGCGACGACGCUCCGAUAAAAAAAGGGCAGCCCGAUGGACGACGUCGACGCCAGCGCCGCCGCGCGGCGCCUCGCCGCCGCCGAGCGCGAGGCCCUCCUGCCCCACGACACCACGCCCCUGCUGCCGGCGCGCCGGAAGCGGGCAACCGCAGUGGCCACCAUGGUAUUGGGUCUCCUCGCGCUGAGCGUCGGCGUGACCGUCGUCCACCAGCGGUUAGAAAAAGAACAGAAGCUCGACGUCGACCGCGACGCGGCCUGGACGGCAUUCAAGGCGAAAUACGAGAAGACGUACGCGACGCCGGCGCACGAAAAAGCGGCACGGCGCAACUACGAGGCGCGCCUCGCGUCGAUGGACGAGAGGAACCGAAUCAAUGGGGAGGCGGUCUUCGGCGUGACGCGGCACGCGGACCGGGAGAUGGGACACAACGCGUUCGCGCGGGGGCAUCGAAGGGCGGAGCGGCGCGAUAUUUUGAAUUUGAAACCAAUCAAAACCAAAACUAUCUCAAAGAUCGACUGGCGCGAAACGGAGGGCGUCGUGAGCCCCGUCAAGAACCAGGGCCAGUGCGGCUCGUGCUGGGCGUUUGCGGUCACCGAACAGGUCGAGAGCCAGCUCGUAUUAAGCGGGGCGCCCCAAGUAACGCUGUCGCCCCAGCAGCUCGCGUCCUGCACGGCCGACGCCGAGGGCUGCGGCGGCGGCGACCCGGGCCAGGCCUACGCCUACCUCGCGUCGCUCAACAACGCGUCCGGGCUCGCGCCCGACGCGUGGUGGCCCUACGAGCAGUCGCUGACGCCGGACGACGCCUGCACGUCCAAGGACUGCACGGAGGCCUGCGACCGCGACCCCGCGCAAUUGGAAGGCGACUACCAGUACGUCGGGCCUUACGCCCGGAUCCACGGCUACGGGUUCGCGACGGACGAAUGUACACAAGGUACUUGUGAAGACCAGAACACGACGGAGCUCAUGCUGCGGUUGCACGACGCGCCGAUCGCCGUCUGCCUGAACGCGGAGCACUGGGACGACUACGUGGGCGGCGUGCUCACGGCGGACGCGUGCGGCGGCAACGGCGCCAAUGAUAUUGAUCAUUGCGUCCAGCUGGUGGGCUACGACAGUGCGGGGGGCUGGUUUCUGGUGCGCAACUCGUGGUCGACGAGCUGGGGCGAGGACGGCUAUUUGAGAUUGGCGAUCGACGGGAACGCGUGCGGCGUCGCGAACGAGGCGACGGUCGCCGUCGUGGAGGAGGGCGAGUAAACGAAAAGUUA